AUGAGUGAGAAUUAUCACGUCUUAACUGUUGGCAACCAUGAAAAAUAUGGCUGUAGUGAUGAGGAUCAGAGCAGUAUCCUUUUGGAUAGUUUGCCAGAAGUUUCUGUUCCAGAACACAAUGUUUGGUCUCCAUACAAGGAAACUAGGGAAGCUUCAAAGAAGUCCUCCAAAGACGUGUGUAACACAUCUAUGAGAAAUGAUGCUGACAAAAUAAGUGACUAUGGAACUUUGUCUGCAGCUGUUAAUGUCAGUGCCCAGGAUGAUCUACUUACUGCAAAAAUGUGGUCAGAUAGUCUCAAGACACACGAAUUAGUUCACACUGGAAAGAAACCUCACAAAUGUGAGAUUUGUGGGACAUCUUUUGCUAGGUCAGGCUAUCUCAAGACACACUUAUUAAAUCACACUGGAAAGAAACCUCGCAAAUGUGUGAUUUGUGACAAAUCGUUUGCCCAGUCAUCUAAUCUGAAGACUCAUAAAUUAAUUCACACUGGACACAAACCUCACAAAUGUGACAUUUGUGGGAGACGUUUUGCUUUGUCAAGUUAUCUCAAGAAACAAUCUCAAGACUCAGAAGUUAAUUCACACUGGAAAAAACCUCACAAAUGUGAGAUUUGUGGGAAAUCUUUUCGUAGGUCAGAUAGUCUCAAGACACACGAAUUAGUUCACACUGGAAAGAAACCUCACAAAUAUAUGGAGAAGUCAAAGCCCGAAUUUGGUACCCAUACAGGAGAUGUGACUGUUGAUGAAGAAUGUUCAGUUGCUACCCAAUAUGACUGUAGUACGAGGGAAAAGGCAUUACAUGUAUAUAGCUGUAAUUUCUGCCAAGAAGGCUUUCCAUCAAAAUACCGACUCAACAAGCAUGUGUUUAUGCACAUUGAUGGCAUGCAACCUCCUUUGUAUGUCUGUAAGUGGUGUGGUGAGAUAUUUGACAGUAAAUUUAGUUUGAGAAAACAUCUGAGAAUGAGUGGGAAUUAUCACGUCUUAACUGCUGGCAACCAUGAAAAAUAUGGCUAUAGUGAUGAGGAUCAGAGCAGUAUCCUUUUGGAUAGUUUGCCAGAAGUUUCUGUUCCAGAACACAAUGUUUGGUCUCCAUACAAGGAAACUAGGAAAGCUUCAAAGAAGUCCUCCAAAGACGUGUGUAACACAUCUAUGAGAAAUGAUGCUGACAAAAUAAGUGACUAUGGAACUUUGUCUGCAGCUGUUAAUGUCAGUGCCCAGGAUGAUCUACUUACUGCAAAAAUGUGGUAUUUGUGGCAAAUGGUGUGGUAG